AUGGGGGUCUCCCCGCGCAAUCGACCGAGAUUGGGGUCUGCGUCAGGGGGCGAUCUGCCAAAGAAGCGCUCUUGGAGAGGAGAGGUCGGCUUCGAUGGCAAGGUGCUGGGCGCUGAAGACCUGACACCCUUGGGUGGCCUGGAGAGUUGGCGGGGCCAUCCGCGCUUGCAGAAGCAUCUUGAGGCCUUCAAGGGUGCAUCCGAUCGGGCCAGGGUGCUGGAGCGCUAUUCAGAGGCGGCUGUCACGGCCAGUGCCUUACAUCGGAAGGUCGUCCUCCGGUACGCGUGCCAUGUUGGCGCUUGGACCGCGAUGCUGCCAGCGGAGGAAGCAGUCGCGUCCUGUGGCCCAGAGGGCCUCUCUCCAGUCCGUGUGCUUGCGCGACUGCUGCAGCACUGGGGGAAGGGGCCGCUAACACCGUGGUUGCGUGGCAUCUUGCGCCUCGUGGAAGAGCGUCUGCGAGAAGUUCACAGCACCUCCGCAGGUUGUUGGGAGGAGCUUCGGCAGGCCAUGCCUCGUCUGAGAAAGGACCGUGCAAGCGGGUAUGGAAGCGACGGCGUGCACACCAGAGCCGCUCAAAAGAACUCGCUCUGUUCAACGAUUGCUGACAAAAAGAGGGCGUUGACGUUGAAGGCUUUGCGGAAGCGGCAGCGCGACGCACUCAUCGAGGCCGACGGACUUCGCGGGUUGCACCGAGAGGCGGCAAUCGCGGCAGCGUUGCAGCGCGGAAAGGCUGCGCUAUUAGAAGAGGAUCCAGAUGCAAUAGUUGAGAUCGUUUCUGACUGCAUUGGUUUCCUCGAGCCGCCUCGCAGGAAGGCCACUCGAUCAAAGGAGGAGGCGAUGCCGGACGAAGCGAAGGAUCGCCUUCGAGCCGGUGUCCAGCGGAAGCUCCGGACCCUCGUGUUGCAGUUGUUUGGCUGCCUGGAUCUACAGGACGCGGAUACGCUGAAGCUGCUGGCGGUGCCUUUUGGACGGCUGUGCUGCAUACUGCGAGGAGGCGGCGCGGAGCGCCCCGCCUGCGAGGCACAGUGGCUCCGGAUCAGAGAUUUGGCGGCAAGAUUUGAAGAGCGUCAGGAGCAGGGCCCCAUCCACGCGCCGCCCCCAACAGCGCUCGCCGCAGGCGAAGAGCUUCCGCUGGCAGCGGGCACCCGGAAGGUCGGCACCGGGCUGGCGAAGGAGGCCAAAGGGCAUCGUUCUAUCAGAGAAGGACGGUACACCCCAAACAGGCAGAUCCUUGCCUUCAGCUGCGUCGAGGAGCGGCAGGGUGAGGAGGAGGUUCUGAUCUGCUCCGGCUGCGCCUUGGAGGUACGCACUUGCUGGUAUUGA